UCCUCAGGCGACAGCAUUGAAAAUUAGAAGAACAUUUUGUGCCUACACCGAUCGUAUUGGUUGACUAUUGCGUCGGGAGAAGCCUUGAUAAGAACUACGAAAAUAUAGGUGUGGGGAGAUAUAAGUAUAUUUUAUCUGAAGUCAUGAGUUGCAGCGAAGUAGAUAAAAUAAAGGUCUAUCCAGUUAGUGGUUGGUUACUGUGGAGAUAGUUGUGUUAAGAAAGGACAAACAUGCGUCGUCAGACACAUCAAAAGAAGCGUGAAGUUUCUGGAACUUUACGGAAGAUAAUAGCUGCAGAUGUGUUCCUUACAGAUCGAUUCUGUAACUGGGCCAAUUGCUUUCUUCCAUUCCGAUCUCUGAGGGUACAUUAUAAAGCUUUGGAAAUUUCAUGUCAUGGAAUACCUUGGCUGACUGGAUGGAUGGCCUUCAUAUGGUUGGUGGACAGUCGAUCCUUGUACCAAAUGCAAGUGAAUUUCUUUAUAGGAUUGCUGCUCGACAUUCUGUUUGUAUGUGUGCUGAAAGCAUUUACAAGGCGCCGGAGACCAACGGCCAAUCAGUCGGAUAUGUUUGCCACAGUGGGUCCUGAUAAAUACUCCUUUCCUUCAGGUCACGCUUCAAGAGCCUGCUUCAUUGCUGUUUUCUUUAUUUUCCUUUAUCCAUUGUUUUUUAUUUUUUAUAUGCCUUUAAUGGCAUGGUCAAUUUCAAUAUGCAUGUCUCGCCUCCUCCUCCGAAGACAUCAUUCAUUGGAUAUAAUAGGAGGUGUACUCUUAGGAGUUUUUGAAGCUGUCUUGUUGAGUUGGCUUUGGGUGUCUGAGGAUUUUGCUGUUUGGAUAGUUUCAUGGCUGUCAGAUGAAAAAUUGGAAGGAGGCAGCUAUCAUGUAUGAGAAGUGGGAAACAAGAAUAUGCCUUAAGGGAGAAAUAGCAGGUUUUUAUUCAGAAUUUUAAAUGAUUCACACAUUUUGAAGUGGUUCAUUUCUUUCAUUGGUUAUGCAUCAGAGCUUGAAAUGUAAGCAAUAAAAUUAUAUGUUCCAUUUCUUUAUUAUUUGAGACAUGACUUUCUCUUAACACUGUCAGUGCCAAACCUUUUGCUACGGACUUCAGAAUUACAAAUGUUCAAAACAAGAAAUAUAAUAUGUUGAGAAUAAAAUAUAAUGCAUUGUGCUAUCAUCAGAUAUGUUUAUGAAUUACAUGCAGUAGACAUCAAGCCCUUAAACAUUGGGCAGAUCAAAUUAUUAUAGGACUAGCAGACUUUGAAGCAAACUACUUUCUGAACAUUAUCCAUCAUCCCAGAUUAAAUAAAACAUGACGUUUCAGAGAUCGGAAUCUGUCUUCAGGUAAAUCCUACUCUGUUGGGCCCAAUUGAUAGAGCUGGUCCCCAUCUCAGGGCUGAAGAUAGGGAAUAGCUUUAUCAAUUGGGCCAAACAGAGUAGGAUUUAUCUGAACACAGGUAGAUUUCAAUCUCCAAAAUGCCGUGUUUUAUUUAAUCUGGGAUGAUGGAUAAUGUCCAGAAAGUUGUUUGCUUCAACAACACACCAUGGUCAUGGUUUAUUUCUAUCAAUCAUCUCUCUCAGGCCCAAUUUUUGAUUCACAGAAAAAUAAAACAAAACUGCCUUUAUGCUAAGACUAGCCAAGUGCUGGGUCUCAUCUACACUCAGUUUAGAAGUAGACCUGUAAUGAAAAAUUUUGCAUUGAAUUAUUUUAAAAUGAAUGUGAGAAGAAAAAUAAUAUAAUUGUUGGUGUUCAUUGAACCAUGGAAGAUAUAAAAUAUAACAUAGCAAUUUUCACAGUGAAGUAGAAAUUAAAAUACACAUUGUAUAUUGCUGUAUUUUAAGAUGGUUAAAUCAUAUAAAAGAAAAUGUAGCCAAAAGAAAGCUGUUUUAUGUUUUCCUCCGUGUCACAAUGGGUGAGAGCAGGAAUUUUUUAAUCUGGACUGGUAGAUAGUUGCGUGAUAUUGUGAGUGUACAUUGGCAUAAGUUAAAGUAGUUGUCAUGGGCAUAAAAGGACAAAUGGUAAAAUAUGUAAUGCAUGUGGUAAAUUGAAGCUUGAGAUAAAUUGUCAUAUCCAUGAAAAAUACAAAUGGUUAUUCUAAAUUUGUCAUUUAUUGAGGUCUUACCUUUGAUUUUGAUAACUCUGUUAUAGAUACAAAUACUGUUUUGCAUAAUCAUUUUUCAAACAGUGGUGUAUUCCAGGGGUUUUCAAAACUACCACAUUUGAAGGUAAUGGUACCAUCCACACUGAUGACAAUAUUCUUUUAAUUCAUUUUGUGACAAGUGGAAGAAAGUUUAUUAUUAUUGAAGCAAGUUGAUAUUGUUAUUUUGUAAUGUACAGUUGCAUAGUUCCUGUAUGGUAAAUCUUUGCAAUAGAAAUUUUGUUUGGUUCAUUUCA